AUGAGGAUCUUAGGACGUAUAGGAUGUUUGGUGGGACUGAUAGCCCUCUGUUCCUGUGCAUUACUUGGUGUUGAUUAUGGCCAUCAGUUUAGUAAGGCUAUGGUCGUCUCCCCUCAGGCUCCAUUGGAAUUAGUGCUUACACCUGAAUCUAAACGGAAAGAUGUUUCAGGGUUAGCAAUCAAAAUUUGGAAUGAUGAUAUUGAAAGGGUUUAUGGAUCGAGUGUGGACUCCGUACAGGUUAAGUCCCCCCAAAACGCAUUUUUGCAUAUGAAGCCACUUCUUGGUAAAUCUCUAGAUGAGGACCUAAACGCGUACCAUAAGCAGCAUCCAGGAGUUGUGAUUGAAAGCACCAAUCGUGGAACUUUGUCGUUUCACACCAUCAAUUACGACUAUUCGGUGGAAGAGUUGGUUGCCAUGAAUUUAGAGCAAGCCAUUGAAAGGGCCGAAGGUCUAUUAAGGGAUAACGGUGGUUAUGAUACUGUUGAUUCUUUGGCAAUUACAGCACCUGAAUAUUUCACUCAAGAACAAAGACAGGCUCUUGUUGAUGCAUCUGAACUGCCCAGCGGCGUUAAGUCUACUUUGGUAAACGAUGGUUUAACUGUUGCAAUCAACUUUGCGUUAAACCACAGAGAGUUCCCGAUUGGUGAACCUCAGUAUUAUGUCGUCUACGAUAUGGGCAGUGGUUCCACCAGAGCAUCAUUAAUUUCAAUUUAUCAGCCUAUAAAUGCAACAGAACCUUUAGAGAUUGAGUUUUGUGGUUAUGGCUAUGAUAAGUCCUUGGGUGGCUCUCAGCUCACUUUGUCGGUGGCGAAUUUACUCCAGAAUAAGUUUUUGGAACAACACCCCAGCAUAAGGACUGAAAAAUUCGAGUCAAGUGCAAAAUCAUUGGUGAAACUCAUCCAUGCAGCUGAGAAGGCCAAGUUGAUUUUAAGCGCAAACACUGAGGCUUCAAUUAAUAUCGAAUCUCUUUAUGAUGAUUUGGACUUUAAGGCAGUCAUUACAAGGCAGGAAUUUGAGGAGUACAAUCAAGAUAUUGCUGAUACUGUCAUUCUUCCUAUCAUUGAUUCCUUAAAAAAUCAAUUUGGCAAGAGGAUGAUUAACCUUGAGGAUAUUUCUUCGAUCAUAUUGACAGGCGGAUCUACAAGAGUUCCUUUUGUUCAAAGGCAGCUGAAUACUUUUGUCAACGAAGACAAAAUUGCAAGAAGCGUUAACGCAGAUGAAUCGUCCGUUAACGGUGUCACGGUCAGAGGGGUUCAGAUUUUCAAGUCUUUUAAAGUUAAGCCAUUAAACGUUAUUGAUCGUUCGAUUUUCGAUUAUUAUAUCAAAGUAAAUGAAACAGAUACUCCAAUCUCUGUUUUUGAAAAGGGUAGCGAAUAUCCAAGUGCUUCUUCCUUCGUUUUGCCAUUAUCCAACAUAUCUGCAGACUUUUCAAUCGACUUGUAUGAAAACGGCAGGUUGUUCAAGACUAUUAAUGUGUCAACUGAAACAAUCAAAAGCAAAUAUACUAGUGACAAAUGUCCUUAUGGUAUAGCUUAUAACGCUACAUUCAGUUUGUCGCAAAAUAGAAUAUUCAGUCUUGACAGCGUUGAUGCUGUUUGCUUACAACACUCUGAAGACUCAAUUGGACUACUUGAGAAACUUUUUGGGGGAGGGAAAAAAGUGGCAGAUGAACAAGCGGGUGAAACGGCGGAAACCGGUAAUGAGAAGGCGUCGAACGCACCAAAAGACUCUCUAGCACGCCCAAAGAAAUUAUCGUUAAACACCAAGUACGUCCACGUCAAACCCAUGAGUGUUAAAGACAAAAUACAAGCGCAACAGCACAUGAAUAGUUUGAAAAGCAAGGAUCUUCAGCGGUUGAAGCUGCAGGAAGAAAGAAAUAAUCUCGAGACAGCUCUGUAUAAGGCAAGAGACUUCCUAGACGAGGUAGAAGUUGCAACAAAAGGACCUAAAUCAGAUGUCCACAAAUUGAAUGGUUUGGUAUCUGAGUACUUGGAGUGGCUGGACUACGAGUCAGAUGAUGCAUCUAUCAAAGAUUUGCGUGAUAAAAUCACCGAAAUAUCGCAACUUGAGGAGAAAAUUUCACUCUAUAUUCUAUCCUACAGCGAACCACUUGACGAAACACAAUUUUUGGCAAUAUACAAGAAUGGUACAUCGCUUUUGGAGCAGAUAGAGGAUCACCGUCGUUCUGAAAAUUUGACAUUAGAGUCAUUGGAGGAAGAUUUUUCUGCAGUAGAUCUCGACGUAAAAAAAGAAUACUACAAAAUCAAAGCUCCAAGACACUUACCUAAAACUGCAUCAAAAUUAGCUGGCUAUUUGAAUUCAAUGAACAAAACUUUGGAUGAUAUCAGCGACUUGCUGGAAUCAAAGAAACUGGGAGAUGAAACCCGGGAGGAUCUCUUCGAACUGAAAUUGCGUUUCGACUCCAUCUAUGGCGAAUUGAAGCAAUCGUUAAACGUUUUGAACGCCACUACAACCUAUCGUUUGAAUGAACUAUCUUCCUUAUACAGUAGAAGGUUAAGAGUUUUGAAAAGGAAAGAAGAGAGAAAAAAGGCACAAGAGUCGAUGACCUCAGCUCCUUCGAACUCGACCUCUACAGAAAGCGUAAGAUCUUCUAAAACAAGCUUGGAGUCAUCCUCAAGUGACAUUGUUCACGAUGAGCUGUGA